UUCAGAUCCGAAAGCAAGUGAGACAGAGAACGUGAGAUAGAGAAAGGGGGCGGAGGUGGAGCGGGAGGAAGGGCUUGGGCUGGCUGUUGCCAGGGCAACUUGACAUCACAGUGACGAACUUCCCUCUUUAAAAGCUUUUAAAGCUGAUUGCUCCAACCCUCCAGGCCCCAUUCUGAUGCCUCUUAACUGAGUUAGAGGGGGGAAGGGCAGAACGGGUGGCCUCUCUCACACAUAAUCACAAGCCCGAGGAAAGAACAGAAAGGAAAGGGAAAAGGUGGCUUUCUAAAAGCUUGCUGCAGUGAAACAAAACCUUCCAGGAUUUUGUUUGUACAAAAAUCUGAAAGAGAGAGGGAGAGAGAGAUAGGUGCUUUGCAAAAUGUCCGCUGAAGACUGCUUCAGUUAUAUAGUGCAAAAUGAGAAGCACAGAAGAGCACGCAAUUGGACAGAUUCAGAAAUGAAAGGGCUUCUGUACAUCUGGGAAGAGUACGUCACUGAGCUCAAGAAGGCCAAACGCAAUGCUAAAAUCUACGAAAUGAUGGCUAAGCGACUGUAUGACCUGACCGGCGAACACCGUCACAGGGAGGAGAUAAAGAUGAAAAUCACCAAUAUGACAUUCCAGUACAGGCAAGUGAAGCUGAAGCACACAGCCAGUGGUGGUAGUGGCAUGCCUGACUGGCCAUAUUACAAGUCCAUUGAGAGGAUUUUGUCCAAAAUACCAGAGCAGACCCAUAUGAGCCCACUGGACCCUCAAAUCACUGGAGCAUCAACUUCACAACCUGAACCCUCUGUAUCCCAAGCUGGGACGCCAGUCAUAGGCUUUCUACCUGAGUACACUGGCUCCUCAGAGGAAAGGGAGGUCAAAGAGGAGGACGAUGAGGGGACAGAGGUCUCUGUGAGUUCCUUCGAGUCCAGGCCUAUGAAGAGACCGAGAUUGCCACACGGUACAUCACUGCGCCGCAGGAAGUUGCGUGUGAUGGAAGCGAUGCUGAAAGAGCAGAGGAAAAUGAGCCGUGCUGUGGAGGACACAUGCCGAGAAGUGCGACGUGUAAUGCACCAGCAAAACUUCCUGCAGGUACAAAGCCUGCAGCUCCAGGAACGAAUGAUGAACUUGCUCGAGAAGAUGAUCCCAUCCACACCCUAUCUUACAAACACACAUACCUGAGUGUAACCCAUUUAUAUGCUCCACAUAAACUGGUAUUCACAGCUUCACAAUGCUUUUUGUG